AUAUUUAAAUAAUUUUGUAAUGUAAAGAACACAAGCAUAUUGUAUUAAAACAUUUAAUUUUAUUGCAAUGGCAUUGAAAAUGUGUAGGAUUUGUGGCGACAAUAAAGAUUUAAAAUCUAUAUUGAUGGAAGGAGAAGAACUACAAGAAAAGCUUUUAAUCUGUACUAAUAUAAAGAUAAACAUAAAUGAUUCCUUACCUAAGCACAUAUGCGUCAAAUGUGAACAAAAUCUAGAGUUUUCUUAUCGCCUGCGUAAACAAAGUGAAGCCACCGAAGAACGCUUGAGAAAGGAAUUAGAGGCAAACGUUGACCAGGCGACACAAAUAAUACCUCAAGAAAAGAAGGAACUUGAUCUAUUAGAUGAAUUUGUCCUAGAUGAAAAAGUAGAGGAAUUCAUAAAAAUCACUGAAGAAGAGAAAACCAUUGCAGCUUGUAUAUCAGAACAAUUUCAAUUACAAGAAACACACGUUAGAGAUAUACGCGAUGAAAUUGAGGAAUAUGAUACGAAAACUGAUAUUGUCGAUGAUGUCGUAAGCGAUAACUGCCGCGAAAUCUUGGAAGGAGCACGAAGAGAAGAUGUUAUCGAUUUAAUAAGUGAAUCUAGUAGUAUUGCUAAUGAUUGGAUUCCUCCUACCGAUUCCGAAACUGACAUAGUGCCUAGUAUUGAUGAUAAAGAAUCAAUGUUCAUCUGUCUUAUUUGUGGUCUCACAUGCCACUUCCGUUCGAAUUACAACAAUCACCUCAAGACGCAUCUUUCGUGUGAUAAGAUUAAUGGUAUAAAAAAGAGGCAUAAAUGCCCUCAUUGCGAUAGCUCUUACUCUCACCGCGCAAGUCUCAACCGUCAUACCCGUACACUUCAUCAUGACUUAAAAACUUACACGUGUCCAAUAUGUAAAGAUAAUUUUGCUGAACCAGAUGGUUACAAAAAUCAUAUUAUUUCUUAUUCCAAAGACAUUUCGCGCGAUGGGAAGCGUUUGUGCACUGAUGCGCGUAUCAAAGAAAAGCCAUAUGCCUGCACAAACUGUAAUAAAACCUUUUCUACCACAGGCGCUCUCUUGAAUCAUCAGCGAAAUCACACUUCAUUAAGGCAAUAUCAAUGCGAUCUUUGUUUGCAAGGAUUCGUAGAGCUUUCCGAUAUGAAGAAGCAUAAAUUGGCACACGACAGCAAUGGUCCAUUGUUUUGUCAAAUAUGUCGCAUGGGCUUCAUUGAGAAAGGUAAUUUGAGACGACACAUGCGUAAACAUGUCAAUAAAAUGCCAUUCGCAUGCGCUCUAUGCUCGCAACAAUUUUAUACACUUUUAUCAUUGACAAAACAUAGUACUAAAGUGCAUGGACGUUCGGUGCCAUAUAACAAUAAAGAAUAUAAUAAUAUUAAUGAUCUUAGUAAUACUGAAGAAUACAAUAUUAGUAAUACAGAUAUUCAUAACGGCAGCAAAGAAUCUUCGGAAACUGAUGAUGCGUCUGAGACUAUAGACAAUUCACAGAUUGAAGAGAAUGCAAUAUUGAUUCAGAAUGGUUUUGAGAGUAAUAUCAUUAGUAGUAGAAUAUAUUCUUUAGAUUGCAUUAGCAGCGAGAAUAAGCGAAUUUUAGACGCUGAACAUAAUCGACAGAAUAAAGAAUCGAUUCAGAAUGGAUUUAAUAAUAGCGAGUUUAUUUGUGGUGAAAUGUACUCUUUAGAUGGUAGUGGCAGCGAAAAUGCUAAAAUCGUUUCCGAAACUUUAGAUUCAGAGCAUAUUACGCAAACGGAAGAAUCAGUCGAAAAUGCUUUUGUUAAUGACGUUCAGAUUAGUGGCAGAAUAUAUUCUUUAGAUUCUGUCGGAAGUGAUAAUAUUGAACAUGUUUCUGAAACUUUAGAUGCUGAACGUACUGAACAUAAUGAACAAUCGAUCCGAAAUGAUUCCGAUAAUAAUAUUCUUAUUAGCAGUAAAAUAUAUUCUUUGGAUUCUCCCAGCAGUGAGAAUACUUUGAGCGCAUCUGAAAUUUCAGAUAAUCAACAUAUUGAACAGAGGGAAUCAUCGAUUCCAGACGGCUAUGAUAACAUCCUUAUUAGUAGUGUCUAUUCUUUCAAUUCCGCUACCAAUCAUAACGUACAAGACUUUCUCGUAAUCGAGUCUUCGAAUUCAAAUGCAUCGGUAAUUGAUAUCACCAACGAUAUAGAAGAUGAGCCUGCAAGCCAAACAAGAACAGAACAAGUUAGUACUGGAGAUAUGCACUUUCAUGGGCUUCUUACUAGGAGUACAUAGUAAGCAUUUAUUA